AUGCGACUACUCAACACAGAGAACCUUAAACUUGAGGUCAAAAGCGAUGGCACCCCGUACGCCAUUCUUUCCCACCGCUGGGAGGAGGAUGAGAUUCUGUUCCAGGAUCUCGCGAGUAACCAAGACGAAACCCGCAACCAGGCAAAGCAGAAACGAGGUUAUGUCAAGAUUGAGGGAGCAUGCCGCCAGGCUAGGAGGGACGGUUUUCAAUACAUAUGGGUUGAUACCUGCUGCAUCGACAAGUCAAGCAGCGCCGAGCUCUCCGAGGCCAUAAAUUCGAUGUACAGAUACUACCAGCAAGCAGAGGUGUGCUACGCUUAUCUAGCUGGGCUCCCCGAGCGUACAGAUCCAAUGAAUGACCUUGCGUUUGCCAAUCACGAGUGGUUUACCAGGGGCUGGACCCUUCAAGAGCUCAUUGCCCCAAAAGAAGUCCUCUUCUUCACCGAACGACGGGACUUCGACUGUCAGGUAAUCGACCUCGAACUCUCCGCCAACACCAACCGCACUGGCGACUGGAUAUUGUUAUGGAAGAAAUCCACAAUGUGCGAAAGGCUUUCGUCCAUCACCGGCAUCGAUGCCGGUGUUCUUGCCCACACGCGCAGUAUAGAGUCCAUCAGCAUUGCUGAACGCAUGUCAUGGGCCGCUCAGAGAGUAACUACCAGGGUAGAGGACCGUGCCUAUUGUCUUCUGGGACUAUUCGGCGUCAAUAUGCCCAUGCUUUACGGCGAGGGCGAGAAAGCGUUUAUCCGAUUGCAGGAGGAAAUCAUGAAAGAUACCAGCGAUGAAUCGCUCUUUGAAUGGAGAGACGAAAGCGCUGAUCCAAAGGCACUCACGGGGUUGCUUGCCACCUCUCCCAGCAUGUUCAAGGACUCUGGCGGCUUCUUCUCCUACUACGACUGGGAGCCGCGGGCUCCCUUUUUCAAGACCAAUCAAGGCAUACAAAUCACACUCCCUCCGCAGUACCUACUCCGAUGA